AUAUAUUUCUUCAGUUAGAUUUGUUGACAUGAAAAAUACAAUUGUCAAAUCUUCAUCAGAACUGGCCCAUACCAAUUAACACUCGAUCUAAACGUUCUGCUUGUUCCUUCCAUCAUUGCUGACCGCCUCGUUCAUCGUAGUCUUAACGCGUUCCCUACUUUGUCUUCUUGAAGGGGGCCUUUUGGUUUUGUGCAAGAAACAGGCAUAAAUCGUGGCCAGUAUGAGGGAACUCAGGUCGUAAACGUCCCUAAGAACAGUGAACCAUGCUAAAAGGGUGACUUUACACUCUGCCGAUCUCUGGUGUUGCACACUGUGAAAUCUAUGGUUUUUGACAUCUAGCAUAUGAGGUUUUAUGUCGUCGUUGACAACUUCACGACAGAAUAUGGGGAUGUGGGAGAAAUAUUUCAGGUAAUUCUCUAGUACGUCCACACCACUAUAGACCCUCUGGUCGCUGUGCUUCAUUUCGAAAAUCAUCCGACUUGAAUUGGUGUAGAAUGUUGACAAAGUUUGUUCUUGCAGCACCAACUUAUUAGUUUCCCAUCCUAUGAUAUGGAACCCGACAGUCAUGAGCAAAAUACUCUCCACCAGCCAAUCUGUCACUUGAAGACCAACGUAAACGUACAGAGCCACGUAAGACUUGGCAAGGGCCCCAUAAAACGCCAGAGUGAAGAGAGCGGAGGAAAGGGUGAUGGCCAAAAAGAGGGACAGCCAGUAACUGAGCAGCAUGAAGCAAACGAUCUGGAGCUGGCAAAAGACGAGCGAUAUGCUCAGAAACACCAGCAAGCUGACUCUCAGACAUUUCGGUACAUUAUUGGUACAAGGCGACCUCUCUAGUGCCCCUCUGGUGGCGGCGAGUGCCCAGCCUUCAGCUCCAUCCAGUCCCCAAUCAAGUAUGCUUCUGCUCCAACCACAGACCCCCUUUGGCACGAGCAGCUUCGCGGACCUACUGAGCGGUUCGUUUUCCGACGAACCGAGCACGGUACUAUCACAGGAAGACCUGAACCCCUUUUCCGAGGUGCAACUUCACUCUCAACCGACUUCCCCGGCCCCCCUGCCCAGUUUUCAAGAGACCUACUCUGUCAAAUACGGCCAGACUACGUCCAGCACGUAUAAGAUGGACGAGGAGUGUUACAACGUUUCGUACCAUCAUCCCACCCCUCAUCAGGUGGCCACGCAUCCGUACGACUAUCAGCAGUUGCAGUUCACGGGUACCGCUCCAUACUACGCCACCCCCCAGACGUGCAGCUCCAGCUUCGAGGCCCUGAUGAGCCAAGAGAGCUACUCCCUGCCCGCCUACCAGACCAGCGCCACGUCCGAACUCCACAUCAGCACCACCCUCAGUCCCAAACAGCGCAGAGCCUCUCUGCCGUUGCAGAGAUCGGAGUCCACGAGCAGCAGCGAAAGUCCCAAACUGAGGCUGACGGGGCCCACGCCUUCGGCCUGCUCGUCGGCCGCCAGCUCCCCAGGGGGCCCCGGCGACAAGGGGCCCACGUCUCCGUCGCCCUCGCAGCUAUGUGCAGUCUGCGGAGACACCGCGGCGUGUCAGCAUUACGGCGUGAGAACGUGCGAAGGUUGCAAGGGUUUCUUCAAAAGAACUGUUCAAAAGGGAUCGAAGUACGUGUGUCUGGCGGACAAAGCCUGCCCGGUGGACAAAAGGAGAAGGAACAGGUGUCAAUUCUGUCGCUUCCAGAAGUGUCUGAUGGUCGGCAUGGUCAAAGAGGUGGUGAGGACCGACUCCCUGAAGGGACGAAGGGGCCGUCUACCCUCCAAGCCCAAAUCUCCGCAAGAAUCUCCCCCGAGCCCACCGGUAUCCCUGAUUACGGCCCUGGUGAGGGCUCACGUCGACACUACGCCGGAUCUGGCCAACUUGGAUUAUUCCCAAUAUUUGGAACCGUCCACCAUCGAGCCCAUAAUGUCGGAAGCAGAAAAAAUUCAGCAGUUUUACACACUCCUUACCACUUCUGUUGAUGUCAUCAGGAAUUUUGCCGACAGAAUACCAGGGUUCCAGGAGAUCUGCCCGGAAGAUCGGGACCUCCUGUUCCAGUCGGCUUCCCUGGAGCUCUUCGUCUUACGCCUCGCCUACAGGACCCACCCGAACGAUACCAAGCUGACCUUCUGUAAUGGCGUUGUUCUCAACAAACAGCAAUGUUACCGGUCGUUCGGAGACUGGCUACACGCAAUCAUCGAGUUCUGUAAUGGGCUCCAUCAGAUGGAGAUAGACAUUUCUGCGUUCGCCUGCCUGUGUGCGCUCACUCUUAUCACAGAUCGUCACGGGCUGAGGGAACCGCAGAGGAUCGAACAUCUCCAAAUGAAAAUCAUAUCAUCGCUUCGCGACCACGUGACUUACAACGCCGAGGCUCAGAGGAAAACCCAUUACUUCAGCAGGUUACUCGGUAAGCUUCCCGAGCUGAGAUCUCUGAGCGUGCAAGGUUUACAGAGAAUUUUUUAUCUCAAGUUGGAAGAUUUGGUUCCAGCGCCCCCUCUCAUCGAGAAAAUGUUCGCUGCGAGCUUGCCCUUCUAAAGGUGCGACGAAGACAUGUUGAUUCCUUCUUUAUAUCGAUUUGUGAUGUCGUUCAUUGCGUAUAUCGAUAAUCCUCUAUUAUUUCUGAGACGUUUCUAAGCUUGUUCCGUGUCAGCAGGCGACUAGAGAAUUGCUAUCACCUCCUCAAUCUCCACCAUUUUAAUUAUGCUAUAAAACAUGCAAUUAUUCCCAAAGUGCAAUUUUCUCAUGAAAGAUCGAGAUUUUAAACAUAAAUUGCACUUUUACCAGAUGAAGCCGAAUCCAUUCGUUAAAGCUUUUUCGAAUGAUCUUGGAAAUAAUAAACUAUUUAAAAGUUUCAGAAACAUUCCUCAGCUUCCUUUUGACUUCGCGCUGAGUUGUUUUCUUGUGUCUUCGUUCUAUGAAUAGAAUUUAUAUUGUAGAAAAUAUUUACUCAACUGGAAAUACUCUUAAAUCACUCCCUGGUUCUCUUCGCUUAUUAUCUUUUCUCAUCAUGAUCUGGAGGUCUUCCUCACCGAACCGUCUUCUUUUUUAUGUUAAGUUUAAUCAUGAAUUAAAUUAAGGAUAUAAAGGACUAAACCGACAAGGAAAGAAUUACAGGGAGAGAAUCUGAUGAUAAUAAUUGUAAGUGCAGAAACUUAAUUUACUAUUUGAAAAGUGAUAUAUGUAAAUUUAAGAAUGUUGUCUGUAAAAACUGAGUUUAUAAUUUUUCUAAAUGUUACCAGUACCUACUAUAUUGCACACUAAGUGUAAAAGAUAUAUAUUUAAUUAUUAAAAUUGCGAUAAAAUUCCUAGUCAAGGCACUGUAUAUAAUGGAUAUAAUUUUAUUUAAAGAUAUAUUUUGUUAUUGCUGAACGGAUUUUACCUAUACGAUCCGACAUAAAGUUACCUACUUAAAAUUGCACUCGAAAUAACAAUAUUAAAACAGAGGAAUCGGCGUUUUAAAUUUGAAAAAUUGGAAUACACGAAAAAGAAAAUCAAUUUAUUUGUGGUUAUGCAUUUCAUAUGCAGACUAGUUGAAUUUUCUUUUCCAGUUUAAAAUCGAUUUUAGUGUCGUUUUUCAACAAUUCGCACUUUCUGUUUCUAAUAUUGUCCAAAUGCACACUCGUUUUCGACAACUAAAGGAGAAUAGUGCCAUUGCCUGUUGCACUGUGUGCUCUGAGAAUUUUUCAUAUCAAAUGAAAACUGCCUUGCCAAUAAUGAUAGGACUGAAAGAGAGUUACCUGAAUUGGAACGAUAUACCUGUUAUGUGAUGUGAUGCUCUCUGGUUAAAUGAUCAAUAUAAAUAUACUAUUUAUAACCAAUAGCAAAGAUAGGACAUCGAUAUUUCCACCGUGUAAAUACAACAACAAACAGUUCGAAUUUCAUUCAUUUCGAGAGACCAUCCACUUCACGAUAUCCAAUAAAUGAUAUGACUCGAAACACUUAACGAUAAUCCCAAAUUAUCAUAUUAUUUUUCUUAAUUUUUUGUUAAAAAACUAAACUAGAUUUCAUUAUUGAAUUUUCCGUUCUUGUUUGUCCCGAUUUAAUUCAAACUGGAAGUGUCCGAAUUUUUGAUUUAAAUCUUUGUCUAUGACGUAGCCCAACAUAGACAAAGAGACUUGUCUAUGACUUUACCCUACUUCCCUUCACUGCACUCUCCUUCACUCCACUCCACUCUCCUUCACUCUACUCUACGUCACUCGGUCACUCCACUAAACUCUACUCCACCCCACUUCACUCCACUUUACUCCACUCCGCAGUUCACUUCCAUAGACAACCUUCACGCUGCUCAGUCUGCUCCGCUAGAUUCCAGAUUCCACUACAAUCCAUUCCACUCCAAUCCACUCUACUCUACCCUACUCCAUUUGUAAUCUAAAGCCUUCCUUGGAGGGUUUUUUUCCAACAAAUUCUCGUGAAAAUCAGUUUCGCCAACCCGGAGAUUACCCUAGACAAACAGACUGACAAAAAUUUUAAAAAAAGUUAAUUAGGAUUAUCGUUUUCAAGUUCUCAUUUGUGAUCUCAGAAAUUUUCACCAUGAACUAAUAAAAAUUCCUCAGCCUUACCCUCGAAAAAUCAAAUUUCAUAAUUCGCACAGCAUGGUGUAAGUAAACGUCAUUGGUAUUUCACAUCUUCCACAUAUCAUUCUUUCUUAUGAUGUUCAUUCACAUCAGAAACGUUUAGAUACAGAGAGUAUAUACAUAUUUUUGGAAAGAUAUUCAGGUUUCGAUGAACAGAUAUCAUGGACAGAAUUUUUGGAAUAUCUGAAAUAAACUUAUUUUUGUUUUUAGAAUUGAAAUAUAAUAAUGUGGAUAGAUAUUCGAAAAUAAUGAAAUACCAACAGAAACGAUUCUUCAGCGUUGAAAAAGAAAACUUCUACCAUAGCAUUUAUUUUUUUUAUUUCCUGAUUUUCAAUAUAAUAUAAUAUGCAGACAGGUCCUCCUGAGUUAUUCAUUAUUCUCUUUCUCAUAAAAGAAUUUUCUAUAUAUUUCAUCGCCAGCCAAGCAUGACAUCACUUAAUCAAAAAAAUAAUAGUGAAUACAAAAUUUCUUCUUUGAUCAAUACUGAAUGCAACUGCUUGAUAUAAACAUUAUAGCGCUCCAGUUCAUCUAUGGAGUUGAAAUUACGAUGGAGUUUAUGAACGCUGUAAAUCUCUAUAAUUCCUAAUAUAGAACAUUAUAUUAUUGCUUAACGCAUUGCAUUUUCAGUAUUCGAUUAGCAUAAUUUGUCCUGCAAAGAGAUGAAACAAUCUCUGUAGCUUCAAGUAGAACUCAAAGAAGUUAUCCUGAAGUAUCCAGAGUAUCUGCACGUUUUUAGAAUGAAGAAUUUUAAUACUCACUCCAAUGAUUCAUAAAAUCUGCCAAUGAAUGCCAGUUUUUUAUUUGUGGUAUUGUAUGAUAGAUUAAGUUACCAAUAUAUCCCAUUUUUUCACUUGAUAGAGAUAUAGUUUACAUGAAGAUUUACUACUCCUAUACUGUUUAUUUUUAUUUUUUUCUACCCUGAAUCUGUUGGGAAUUUUUAAUGCAAUUAUAUAAAUAUUUUUUUGGUUGAUUGUUGUAAUUUGGAAAACAAAUUUUGGUACUUACACUUACCAGUAUCAGUGUUUUCCAAAUUUUAUUUUAUAACAAUUUUAUUUUUUUAGGUGUGAAAGUAUGUUAUAAUAAUUUCACUUCAUAAAAUAAAUUAUAAAAUAUGAGGUUA